AUGGAAUUGUCACGCCCCAAAGUUCUUGUUUUUGGACACUCGUUUGUCAAACGUCUCCAUCGCGAUUUGCGCUCUAAUUUCGACGUCCGUGCGGCCGUUAGUUUUAAUAUACAAAGGGCCUCCGUCAAAUUGCAUGGAAUUGGGGGACGCACAGUAGACAACUUGAUCGCGUUCGAUUUAGAUAAAGUUCGUUCAUUUCGGCCUGCCAUUGUAAUUUUGGAAGUGGGUACAAACGACCUUAGCCAUAGCAAACCCGAAGUAGUGGGUUCCAAAAUCGAUGACCUCGUUCAUCUUUUACUUCAGCUCCCUUAUGUUGAGAUAGUAGGGGUUUGCCUCAUUACACAUCGGGCAGCUUCUCCGGAGUUCAACAGGCAGGCGUUUAUUUUGAACCAAUAUUUAGAGGUCGUUCUGGACGGUGUUCCCAACGUUUUUUGCUGGAGUCAUAAGGGAAUCUUACAGCGCGUUAAAUCUCCGUUUCUACCAGACGGUGUUCAUUUCAAUCGUAGAGCGCAAUACACGCUGUAUCGCAGUUAUCGCGGUGCUAUUCUUAAGGCUAAAAGCAAGCCUUCCUAG